CCCCGGCCGCGCGGAUACGCAAAUUCCCUCCCACGCAAUCCCUCCUCUUCAUGGCACAAACUUUCCUCCCGGGACAGAGUGGGGCAGCGACCAGAACCGACGUUUCCACCUCCUCCGCCGGCCGACCCUGAAAGCAGCUGCUGAAAUGGGUUGCAGACUGAAUAAGCUGGAGAAACGCGAUGAAAAACGGCCUGGUAAUAUUUAUUCAACUCUGAAGAGGCCUCAGGUAGAAACCAAGAUCGAUGUGGCUUACGAAUACCGCUUCCUGGAGUUUACAACGCUGACGGAUGUGGAACUCCCACGGUCGUCUGCGGUCAGACUCUCCUCCUUGAGAGAUCUCCCCACUCAGCUUCAGGAGCUUUACCAGCAGGGCUUCACCCUGGUCGCCCUGCAUCCCUUCGUGCAGCCCACGGACGAGCGGGAGAAGACUCCCCAGGAGCAGAUCUUCCGAGCGGUGCUGAUCAAGAAAACUGAGAGAUCCCAGAAAAAUGAUUUUCACAACGACGGGUACAUCUUGGAAUUAGAUUGCUGUUCCUCCUUGGACCACCCGACAGACCAAAAAAUCAUCCCGAAUUUCAUUAAGAAAAUCCAAGACACAGCCAGUCGGGGCCUAGAGUUUGUGGGUGUCAUCCCUCAGUACCAGUGCCCCGGGAACUCUGCGGGGAGCAGCCCUCUGACCCCCACGGCCAACGGGUCGGGAGAGUCGAGAGAUGAGAAAAACACGUUGGGCUCUUCUGAAGACCUGUUGCCUUUGGACAGAGAGACCCCGGGGUCAGCGGAUAUAUGCAGCACGCCGGCGGGGUCUCAGGGCGACGCGGGGCUCUGGGAAAACGGGGGAGCCGACGGGCAGCGGGCCGAACCCCUGAACUUAUCCACCAUCCAGGGAAACGGAGGAGGUUCACCAGAGAAGGAGGACGAAUCCUCAGCAAGACUGACAUCCACAGCGGACACUCUUGCUGGAAAAAUGGAGAUCUUCACCAUUUUCAACAAGCCGAAGAGCCAGCAACAACGAUGCAGACAGUACUAUACAGUCACCAUCCCGCUCAGGGUCUCGAAAAAUGGACGGACGGUCAACAGCCUGGAUGCAAACUGGCUGGAGCACAUGAGUGAUCACUUCCGGAAGGGCGGUGUGCUGGUGAACGCCAUCUUUUAUCUUGGAAUGGUAAAUGAUUCCUUCCACAGCUUGACGGAUGGAGUUUUCAUCUUUGAAGACGUUUCCCCCGAAGAGAACAAGAGCGUGCAGGGCUACGAUGCCAUCGUGGUUGAACAGUGGACUGUCCUGGAAGGUGUGGAAGUGCAGACCGAUUACAUCCCACUGCUGAACUCUCUGGCCGCCUACGGCUGGCAGCUCACCUGUGUGCUCCCUACGCCCAUCGUGAAGACCAACAGGGAGGGAAACGUGGCCACCAAGCAGAUCGUCUUUCUCCAGAGACCCUCACUACCUCAAAAAGCCAAGAAGAGAGAAUCCAAGUUUCAGUGGCGCUUCUCCCGCGAGGACGUGCACUCCCGGCAGCUGAGGAAAUCCAAGUCUAAGCGAGGCGCCCGCGAGAAGCAGAAAGUGGAAGAAAAUGAGAAGAGCGUGGAAGAGCCGCUUCCCAACGCGGGAGAUGCGGGCAACUGCGUGGCUGCCUCAAACCCCCCGGAUGGGGUCACGAGUGAGGAGGGGGCCAAGGGAGGCCCCGAGGAGGCGGACGGGGUUCUGCUGGGAGCUGGAGGCGGUCCGGGCCUGGAGGGCGAGGAGCACCGGGAGGGGGGGGCUGCAGAGGCCGCUGCCACGGAGCCCCCCGCGCCCAGGGACAUCUGACUCAAAGCCGUGUUCCCCGAGUCGAGAUGAGUUUGGCCGAGCCCCAAGCGGCGCCAUGUGCCGCGCUUGGCCUUCGGUGUUCCCUUCAGGAGCCGAUGCCUCACUCCUUUAGCCGCCAGGUGGCCCUGCCUUGUUCCUGCGCAUAUGUUUGCAAUGUCUUCUGAGGCCACAGUCCGGGCCCUUUGUCUGGCGUCCGGCCCCUCCCCCGGAAGCCCUCGGCUCUCCUUUUCCUGGGGCGGAAGUAAUCCCCCCCAACCUUGGAGGCCUUGAGGAAAGCCUCGGGGGUCGGCCAACCCCUCCCCCCAUUGUUCUCUGCCUUCUGAGGCCUCCUUGUUUCCCUGUCCGUCAGAGCUCUGGCAAAAUGGCACCAGGCAAAGAGCGGGACCCCCUUCCUUGUGGGGACGAAAAGCGGUUUCUGUUUGCUCCCCUGUCGCGGGAGGCCAUCCCCGGGCUGGUUGUGUCGGUGCCCCAGAAGAGGCUCCUGUGUCCGUGUGUCCAGCCGCACACCCGUGCUUUGCGAUACCCUGUGGAGCUCCGCCGUGUCUGGCGUCCCGUCUUGUCCAGAAAGCCUCCUUCAGCCUCGCCACAAACGUUCAGACCGCAUUUACCCAGAUGGCAGCCGGCCUUUCCUUCCUUGUUGGUUACGUGAAGCAAUAAAUCACCCUUGAGGUCCGCGUGCUGUUGAGUAUUGGUUAUUUAUCGUGCCCCCAGGAAGCCUCCCUCCCGCUCCCGCCCCACAGAGCCCGCAUCGGCCUUUCUGCAAGAGCCCCACGUUCUGUCUUAGAAGCGAUACUGUGUCCUGGCUCCGGGAGGCAGAAGAGCCGUCAGGGCUAGGCAAAGGGGUGAAGGGACUUGUCCAGGGUCACCCAGCUGGGAAGGGUCUGAAGCCAGAGUGGAACCCAGGACCUCCCAUCUUCUCUAGGCCCGGCUCUAUCCACUGAGCCACCUGGCCCUCCCUACAAGGCUCUAAACACCUACAAGUCAUGGGAGGAGGUGAGAAGAAAAGGGAGCCCAUGCGGAAAGCAUCUCUGGGUCGCCCAGCUGGCAGAGAAGGAGCUCCCCUGCCUACUGGGUGCCGCCAUCUUUCCUGGCUUGUUGGUGGCUCUAGGGGGCUUGGUCCAUAGACCAAAGGGGAGGAAAGCAUCUCUGGGUCGCCCAGCUGGCAGAGAAGGAGCUCCCCUGCCUACUGGGUGCCGCCAUCUUUCCUGGCUUGUUGGUGGCUCUAGGGGGCUUGGUCCAUAGACCAAAGGGGAGGAAAGCAUCUCUGGGUCGCCCAGCUGGCAGAGAAGGAGCUCCCCUGCCUACUGGGUGCCGCCAUCUUUCCUGGCUUGUUGGUGGCUCUAGGGGGCUUGGUCCAGAGACCAAAGGGGAAGAAAGCAUCCCUGGGCCACCAGCUGGCAGAGAAGGAGCUCCCCUGCCUACUAGGUGCCGCCAUCUUUCCUGGCUUGUUGGUGGCUCUAGGAGGCUUGGUCCAGAGACCAAAGGGGAAGACGGAGGAAAGAGGUGGAAGUGGCAGACAAAUGGCUUGGGGAGGGAGCAGUGCUGAAAAGGACAGCCUCUGGGGAUUGAGGGCAGUCCUGUUGGCAAGCUUAUUAAAAUGUACAUAUUUGUAAUAUAUUUUUUAUAGAAGAGACCCAACCCGCUUCAAUAUAUGUUGCAUGCUGCCAGGUUUUUUGUUUUCCCAUUUGAAUUGUGAGCUGGCUUCCUUUUACUCUGGGGAGCUCAAAAAGAGGUUUGGGGGGGCCUCUAAUGAAAAGAGGUGGGGUGGGAAAAUCUGUUUGGGCUGCAUUUCUCCCCCAUGCCAUUUCCCCAGAAGGAUGUUAUUGUGUUUAGUAUCUGUACAGUACCUUGGCUCAAUAAAAUAUUACCUCUUGGUGCAAA